CAAACGCGUGGCUUACUUCAUAUCGACAAAUCCAACAUCGAACCAAGAAAACCAUGGCGUCUCGUAAGCGCCCCGCCGGAGAGUUUAGCCGCAACGGGGAGAAGCAGCCGUCUGUGUCCGAGAACAAGCGCCUCAGAGCGGCGGACAAGAGGCACAAAGCGGCGCUGAUUCUGGCCCGCGGCGGCAGCAAAGGCAUCCCGCUCAAGAACAUUAAGACCCUGGCAGGAAUCCCUCUGAUCGGCUGGGUGCUCCGGGCUGCCGUGGAUUCUGAGUUAUUUGACAGUGUGUGGGUGUCGACGGACCACGAUGAAAUUGAGAAAGUGGCGAGAUCUUGGGGAGCUAAAAUCCACCGCAGAUCUGCAGAAGUGUCAAAAGACUCGUCCACCUCCUUGGACACAAUUCAAGAGUUCAUCCACCUCAACCCAGAAGUUGACAUAGUUUGCAACAUCCAGGCCACCUCUCCUUGCCUGCAUCCAUUCCACCUGAAGGAGGCGAUGGAGUACAUCUCGGACCACGGCUACGAUUCCGUGUUUUCUGUGGUUAGGAGACACCACUUCCGCUGGCAGGAGGUCAAGAACAGAACUGAUGGUCCGGCACCGGAGAAGGGGAAGAAAACGGAUGAAUUGACCCGCCCGCUGAACCUUGACCCCUAUAAUCGUCCGCGGCGACAGGACUGGGACGGAGAGCUGUGUGAGAACGGCUCCUUCUACUUCACAACUGCAGAGCUCAUCAACAAAGGACGACUGCUGCAGGGCGGUAAAGUGACGUACUACGAGAUGGGUGCAGAGUACAGCGUGGACAUCGACGUGGACAUCGACUGGCCUGUGGCUGAGCAGAGAGUCCUCAGGUACGGAUACUUCGGGCGUGACUCUCCGGAGGUGGUGAAGCUGAUGUUCUGUAAUAUUUCCGGGUGUUUGACGGAGGGAAGGAUUUUUCUGAGCGCUUCGAGCGGAGACAUGAUUUCCAUAAAUACCCGGGACACGGCUGGGAUCAGGAUGCUGAAGAAAGACGGGGUCGAGGUGUUCUUGCUGUCCUCCUGCCUGAACCCCGUGGCUCAGACUCUGUUGGAGAACGUGUCUAAACACCUGGAGUGCGAGGUGCUGUGUGUGGGGGAAAAACCCGCGAAGGACAUCGAGCCUCUGAUAAAGGAGAGGACGCUCAGCUGGAAGGACGUGGCCUACAUGGGUAAUGAUGAGGUAGACGUGGACUGCCUGAACAUGGCCGGUUUGAGCGCAGUACCUUCAGACGCCCCCGUGGUGGCGAUAAACGGCGCGAAGUACAUCUGCAAAUCUCGAGGAGGCAAAGGAGCCGUGAGAGAGUUCGCCGAGCACAUCCGACUGCAAAAACGAAAAGCCAAAUCUCAACUGGAGCAGGACCGCAUCGACCUCGCGAGCAGCUAAACACGGGGGCGGAGCCAGGGUGGAGGCCUGAGGGGGGCGCUAGUCUGUCCUAGAGUGACCACCGCAAACCCAUAGCUCCCACAAACCCAAAGAUUUAUUUAUUUUUGCCCCACUGUCACGGCACAUUCGAUCUCGACUAAAAAUGUUCAAAUGGCAACUGUAAAAAUGAGGCUUAAAACAGGAAAGAGAGGGAGAGGAAGAGGAGCAUCCAUACUGAUCUCCCUCUGUCUCUCUCUCCCCUCCUCCCCCCUCUCCUCCUCUAUCCCCUCUUCUCUCUCUCUCUUUCGUAUUUCUUCUCCUCCUUUUCUUCUCCCUCCUCCUCCUCCCCCUUCUCUCACUCCCUCCUCUCCCUGUUCCUCCUCCUCUCGCUCCUCUUUCUGUCUCCUCCUCUUCUUCUUCUUCCUCUUCCUCAUCCUCCCUCUCGCCCUCUCCUUCUCUCUCCUCCUCUUCGUCUUCUUCCUCCCCCUCUUCUCCCUGUCCCUCCUCCUCUCUGUCUGCUCCUCCUCCCACUCUCCAUCCCUUAUUCCCUCCUCCUCCCCCUCCCUCUCUCCCUCCUCACACUCUCCUCCUCCUCCCCUCCCCACUCGCCCUCUCUCUCUCCCUCCUCACACUCUCCUUCUCCUCCUCCCCUCCCCACUCGCCCUCUCUCUCUCCCUCCUCACACUCUCCUUCUCCUCCUCCUCCUCUCCCCACUCACCGUCUUUCUCACCCUCCUCACUCUCUCCUUCUCCUCCUCCUCUCUCCACUCUCCCUCCUCACUCUCUCCUUCUCCUCCUCCUCUCUCCACUCUCCCUCUCUCUCCCUCCUCACUCUCUCCUUCUCCUCCUCCUCUCUCCACUCUCCCUCCCUACUCUCUCCUUCUCCUCCUCUCCUACUCCUCUCUCCACUCUCCCUCCUCCUCUCUCCUCACACUCUUUUCCUCCCUCCUCCUCUCUCUCCUUCUCCUCCUC